UGUUGUCUAAAUUUGAUAAAUACUUUAAUUCUCUAUCUUAUCUCUACCUUAAUUCUCUUUUUGAGCAAAAGAACUUUAAAUUCUAAGGUUUUCAAGUUAAAUAAAAUAACUAUUUUAUACUUCUGUUCCAUCUCUCGUCCAAUGAAUUUUCGAAGCGUAAAAAUAAAAAUACUAUUUUCCCCAUAUUAAGAUAUUAAAAAUGAUAGCAGAAAUAUAUGGAGCUAUAGCUUUUUGUAUGGCAACAUCUGGAUUAAUUUUAAAUUUCCUCCUAAUUUGGUUAAUUCUUUGUUUUACAAUGAAAGAAAUGCAAAUUUACAAUCGAAUCCUUCUACAAACCUGUAUUGUCGACAUUACUGCUAUUAGUUUAUUUGCCCUUGUUCAGCCGGUUUACGUUUCUGACAAUGGUGUUGGCACAAUUUGGGAAUAUGGACCAACCCAUUAUUUAUCAAACCCCUGGCAAUGCAUCGUUUUUAUGUUCACUGCUUUUAUGUUACGUAUCACAACAAUGAAUAUUUGUUCAGUUUUUGCUUAUCGUUACUUGACUUUAGUUUGGGGAAUAACGAUUCGUUGGAAACACCACAUAGCUCUAAUAAUUAUUUUUAUGUCUCCAGUUGUUGUUUUAAAUGUUUGUUCUUUUAUAACAAACCAACCAACACCAGAAAAUGAACAUUUAACAAAUUAUGUUUUGGCCAAAACGCUUGAAUUAAGUAAUGAUACAAUGCAAACUUAUGUUGUUGGAAUGCGUUCAAGAGCACUUCUUCCUCUGAUAACUUUUUUCCCUCAAUUAAUGACAAAUAUGAGUGUUUUCUUUACAAUGCCAGGAUUGUUUACUUCAGUAGCUGGAAUGUUUCUUGGUACAACUUUAUCUGCUACAAUUUCUGUAAUGAAUCCAAUUGUAACAAUUCUGAGUGUUAGAAAUUAUCGUCGUUUAAUUUUUCGUUGUAAAAAUGGAGAAGAAAAUCAAGACAAAGUAGUCCCGUUACCGCCAACAACAAUGACUGUACCACAUAACAGAGUUGUUAUAAAUGAAACAUGGGCAACACGAAAAUGA